AUGGCUACGCAGCAUCCCGAAACGUACUCGUCCAAAGGCGAGGCGGCUCGUAUCUUCGAGUACUUGCUGGGCAUCUUCGACCCCAUCUCGCUGCCGUCCGAGGUGGCCAGCCGCCAGGGCAAGGUCGACUUCACUGCCGCGCGCGACCGGCCGUACUUUCCCAUCCCGUUCAAGGAGACAGAGACGGCGGCGGCGCUCAAGGCCGUCGAGGGUACAAUGGCCGCGCUGCUCUCGGAGACAAGCGGCGGCGCAAAGGACGCCCAGGUGCACGUUGACUUGGAAAAGACGACUGCGUUCCUGUUCCAGGCGUACCUGGCGCGGGUGGGCGGCCGGGGCAAGCUGGACAAGAACGUGAGGGAGUUUCUCAAAGAUACCGAUCUGCUACAAGCGCAGUCGAAUUCGUACCGGCGGAUGUCGGCGAACUUGUACAGGACCAAGGAGCCAGGCGAGUACUACCACAUCCACGGCUCGCUGGAGGCUUCGACGACGUUAAGAAUGAUUGGGCUGGAGUCGCACCGUCCGGACCUGGAGACGCACGAGCAAAUAGUGGAGGUGAUUGAAGGGGCUGUUGAAAGGUAUACUGUGGGUGAGCUGGAGGCCAUGAACAAGGAACACCGCCAGGCGGGCGUCAAGGCAUUCAAACACGCCGAUUUUCUCAACACUCCACACGGCAAAACAAACUUUUCAUUACCCCCAUGGUCGGUAGAAAACCUCGAGUCCACGACGCCCAAGACGCCUCUCCCCCGCAUACGGAAAGACCGGCUCCUCUCCGGCGUCAAGGUCCUCGAGCUGUGCCGGAUCAUCGCCGGGCCGGUCAUUACCCGGAUCCUUGCCGAGUACGGCGCCGACGUGCUCAAGCUGACGAGCCCACACCUCAGCGACGUGCCCUUCUUCCAGGUCGACGGCAACAUGGGCAAGCACGCGGCGGAUCUCGACCUCAAGACCGCCCAGGGCCGGGAGCGGUUUGAGGCGCUGCUGGCCGAGGUCGACGUGGUGGUCGACGGGUAUCGCCCAGGCGCGCUGGAUAAGCUCGGGUACGGCGCGCGGAAGCUCGCGGAGAUGGCGGCAAGCCGCGGCAAGGGCAUCGUGUACGUCAAUGAGAACUGCUUUGGCUACGAGGGCGAGUGGGCGCAGAGGCCGGGAUGGCAGCAAAUUGCCGACUGCGUGACCGGCGUCGCGUGGGAACAGGGCCAGUUCAUGGGCCUCGACCAGCCCGUCGUUCCGCCGUUUCCCAUCUCCGACUACGGCACGGGCUGCAUCGGCGCCAUCGCCGCCCUCGUCGGGCUGUAUCACCGGGCCACACGCGGCGGCUCCUGGCACGGCAAGGCGUCGCUGCUGCACUACGACCUCCUGCUGUUCAAAGUCGGCCUGCUGCCCGCGGCCGUGCAGGCGGCGCUGCGCGAUACCCUCUUGGACGGGGACGAGGGGAAGGAUCUACAGGCGCUGCGCCACGCAAACAGCGUGGACCAGAUCUCGGGGGCGACGCUGCAGCGGAUGAGGGCCGUGUUUCCGGAGUUUGUCGAUCAUCCGAGGUACCUGGACCGGUGGUACUCGGCGGCGUAUGGGAAGGACGUGGAGGCGGUCAAGCCGGUGGUGGAGGUUGAUGGUUUGGACGUGAGCUUUGAGCGGGCGAGCCGGCCGAACGGGACCGAUGCGCCGACGUGGGAUUUUGGAGUGGAUGGGGACUACAGAAAGUGA